AGCUCUGUGAUCUGACUGCACCCCCUGAGAGGCUUUUAUAAAAAGUCCCCGCUCUGCUCCUCUUCUGUGCCCCCCUCCCCUCCAUCUCCUCCUCGAUAGCUCUGCGCUCUUUUCCUCGUCUGCAUGUGUGAUUGCGGGCACGCACGCACGCACAAGUGUGUAUGCAUGAAUUGUGUGCGUGCUCCGGCUGCUGCUUCACGGCAUACAGUCACAGUGAAUGACUGUCUGUGGCAAGGCGGAGGGAGACACUAGACCGCUUCUACUGCGCCGCUCCUCCAUUGAAACAAUUUCCAGCGCAAUACAACCGAGGGGCCUCUUUGUUGGAUGGUGGAGAAUUAAAGUGAAAUAGAUGAAUUAUGUAAGCAGCCGUGUUUUGACUGAGGGAAUGACAGUAAAGGAACAAAACCCUGUGGUGCUGGGCAGAGCGUUAUGGCUCAGACGCUGCAGAUGGCGAUCCCUAACUUUGGCAACAACGUCCUGGAGUGUCUGAACGAACAGCGGCUGCAGGGCCUCUACUGUGAUGUCUCUGUGGUUGUCAAGGGGCAUGCCUUUAAGGCCCAUCGUGCGGUGCUGGCAGCCAGCAGCUCCUACUUCCGGGAUCUGUUCAACGCUGGCGGGAAGAGCUCUGUGGUGGAGCUGCCUCCGGCUGUGCAACCACAGAGCUUCCAGCAGAUCCUGGCCUUCUGCUACACAGGACGCCUCAGCAUGAAUGUUGGAGACCAGUUUCUGCUCAUGUACACCGCUGGCUUCCUCCAGAUACAGCAGAUAAUGGAGAAAGGCACAGAAUUUUUCCUCAAGGUCUCCUCUCCAAGCUGUGACUCCCAAGGUCUCCACAAUGAGGAGACCCCUUGCUCUGAGCCUCAGAGUCCCAUCACACAAACAGUGGGAGGGUGCGGAGUCAGUAUUGCAACUGUAGGAAGGCCCAAUUCUUGCCUGACGCCCCUUCCUCUGGUGUCCAAGGUUAAGACUGAACAAACAGCCAGUACACCUCAGCCAGCAUCACAGCAGCAGCAGCAGGAGGGAUCACCCUACUCUGUGGUCUGCAUCCCUGUGGCCAAGCGGCUAUGGGAGGGGGGAAACCGAGAUGGGGGAGGGGGGUGUGGAGGAGGUGGGGGCGGUGGAAUGAGGAAGGCUGCACGCUACUCUUCCUCUUCGUCUUCUUCUUCAUCUUCCAACACAGUAACACAGGAUGUCUCUGGGCGUGGAGCUAAUGCUGCUGUGGUGGGCAGUGGCAGUGCCACGAUAGUAGGAGGAGCUGGACUCCACAGUAACCACAACAAUAACAACAACAAUGGCGGGACUCCUGAGGGCACGAGUCCAGGCACACUGAGCAUGUACACUAGCGACUCACCUAUCAGUUACCAUGACGAUGAGGAAGAGGAUGACAUAGCAGAUGAGAGUGCCGAAGAGCAGUAUAGACAGAUCUGCAACAUGUACACUAUGUACAGCAUGCUGAACGCCGGAGCAGCAGUGGUCGGGGAGCGGGUGGAGGCUCUGCCAGACUUGGCCCCUGACUCAGGGGCUGGGCGGGGAGGCAGAGGGGGGCGGUCCCGGCAGGACCUGGCAUCAUUGCCCGCUGAGCUCAUCAGUCAGAUUGGAAACCGCUGCCACCCAAAGCUCUACGAAGAAGGUGACCCUGCCGAGAAACUGGAGCUGGUGAGCGGCACCUCCGUCUUCAUCUCCCGUGCCCAGCUCAUGAACUGUCAUGUCAGUGCUGGUACCCGACACAAAGUGCUACUUCGACGGUUGCUGGCCGCUUUCUUUGACAGGAGCACCCUGGCAAACAGCUGUGGAACUGGCAUCCGCUCAUCAACCAACGACCCCAGUCGUAAACCUCUGGACAACAGAGUGCUGCAUGCUGUCAAAUUCUACUGCCAGAACUUUGCACCGAGCUUCAAGGAGAGCGAGAUGAACGCCAUCGCAGCCGACAUGUGCACCAACGCCCGUCGCGUCGUCCGCAAGAGCUGGAUCCCCAAGUUGAAGUUGCUGAUGGCCGACAGCGACGCCUACUCUGCCUUCUUGGCUGACAGCGUGAAGAUGGAGGCAGACGCGCUGGGGGCGGAGCAAGGCUUUGACCCUGCCUCACUGGAAGCCGUAACAGCAGCGGCGGCUGCCAGCAGUAAUGAAGCGGGAAGCGGAGCCAUGUCAUCAGACACCAUCCCGGGUGCAGGAGGAGAUGGCAGCACUUUGUUUUGAGUGAGUGAUUGGACAGAUAGAUAGAACGGACAGACUGAUGGAUGGAGGAAUGACAUUUUUCUGGGGUGAUGAGUCGAGGACGACCACUGUGGUCUUGGUGGCAGUUAUCACUCCUCCCCCUAGCUGUUGGGGGGUCUGUUUCUUCUCUUACACCUGUUUUGGCCAGUUUGUUGUGCUUCCCUUCUUUUACUGGUCCACAUUUCUGUCUCUCUCCACAGCCCAGAAUAUCCUUCAUUGUUCUUCUGAUGGAGAGACACAGUAGGACAUUAAGAAAGGUUGCAGAAUAAAGAGGUAGCAUACCCCCCCACACCCCCAUUACUCUGCAACCUUUUUUAAACCUGAUUGUUUCAGCAUUUAUUUUUUUAUGUUUUUAAAGUGUCUGUUGUCACUAAGGCCCUUAUCUUAUGAUCAUAAUCAAUCACAGACAUUCCCUGGGGACGGGGGGUGGUGAGGGGUAAUCCAGUUUGAGGAGAGUGAUAUGUCCUCCCCAAACUCCGGUAACACUGUUGUUUUCAUAUUGAAUGUAUGCAUGGCGAAGCAUCCAAACUGCAGCAUUGUAAGUCAGCAGAGACUGAGUGAGGUCAUGCUGAGCCCUUUUUUCUUUGUUUUAAUGUUUUUGCUUUAUAUCAUCUAGAUGAGGAGAUGAAAGCUUUCAGAGGAUGGUGUUGAUGAGGUCAGACGUUGAAAUGGAUAUUGAUAUGUAUAUUGGCAUGGUUUAUGAUCUCCUGCACCUCAGCCUGACCCUGCCAACCCAGCUCUUUAAAGGUAUGCUGGGAAACCGAUCCAACAUUCUUAGAAAAAAUGCUGCUGAUCUGAGUUCUGACUUUGGCACCAGGAUUUUGACUGGAUGGUGCACGAUGAGAUUUGUUAGCCAGUGUAGUGGCAGAUGAGACAAACUAUGGUUUGCUUGACUAAACCAUUUCCCAUCUAAUCUUUCCCUACUUUGUAGACCCUAAAACAAAACAAAAACAGCAUGUUUACUUUUUUUUGUAUAUUCCUUUUUGAGAUUUUUGCCAAGGCUCCUUAAAGGGGAAGAAAUUUGUUACUGAUGAUUGUUAGAGUUUUGCGUGAGAUAAAUGCACUGUGUUAUUUGCUGCGGUAUGAGUACAAUCGAACUAAGUUUUUGUACGUGUCAGAAGGAGAAGAGGGGUGUUUUUAUUUUUUAAAAAUGUUAAAAAAGAAAAAAACAGUUGCUCAAGUCCAAUUUCUAUCUGUACCACAUUUUUUUUUAAAAAAAAGAAAAGAAAAUCUGAAGGAAAGUCAAGAUUUAUCUGUAAAUAAGUUUCUGCUGAUGUUGUGACUGACUAGUUUUGUGUGUGUGUGUGUGUGUGGGUGUGGGUGUGGGUGUGUGUGUAUGAGGAUUAAUUUCAGCCCACUUUUAAACUGAUUUUCCCGAAAAUAUUUGCAGCCAAGCUGUUAACGGUGCGGGUUUCCUCAGGUCUUGCCAACUGGUUGUACGCUCACCUGGCAUUGACUGAAGUGCUAAUUCAGGCAGUGCAACAUGGCAGGAAAUACAGCUCUGUGUGUAUGUGUAGGUGUGUGUUGAAUGGACACUGAAUGUUUGUGUGCAAGCGCGGGAAGUUAAAGUGUUUUCACACACGCUUGGUCGAUUCAUUCACCCAUCAGUGCAGUGAGCACUCUUACACGCUAAUACGCAUUUGGGUGCUGUCAGCUGCAUCAGCCACAGCAGACCAGAGCAAUGUGGGAAUUAAAGAGGCAUUACACAGAAGCAAACCUGAGAGGCUGAAGUCCAGCACGUGUUAGCAAUCAGCUAAAGGCUGUGGAAGCUGCAGAAAAUGACGGCAAAUCGCACUGACUGAAAUUUCUGCCAUGGUUUUAAAUUUAAGUCUUUGUAUGAGGUGUUUGCUAUCAGAAAAAAAAGAUGCUUCACAAUGGAUGUAACAGAAGAAUAUUGGCAUAGAAACAACCCUGAAAGUUGGUCCAAUCAUAUUUGUUUUUUGCUUUUGAUUGUUGCAUGAUUGAAGUUCUUCCUUUCUUUCUUUCUUAAAAUGACCCAGAAUCCAUCAUACGGUUCAUCAACUAAACCCUUGAGAGGGCUUUUUGCUCAGUGUGAGGUUGAAAACAGGGUCUCUGGAUGAGCUUAUGGUUUAGUGGUUGCGGUAUUUUGGUCAUCAAUACCAAAGUGAUGCCAAAUUUAUUUCAAAUUGUAUUAGCACCAGUUUUUAGACAGAUUUCGGUCUCUAUAAUAAGUCGACACAACAUUAGAAAGCAAGCCAACUUUAGCCAAAUUAAUGUGGUGUGUUCUGUGCUUCCACUUCGUACGAUUAAUUCAAAGUUUUUUAAUGCUGGUGUUUGUUAAAAGCAUGAGUGUGACAAGUCUGAUGAUUUCUUAUUGUUAUUUCACCACGAUCUGAUGUUUGUUUUGGCUGAUUUGGCUAAAUCUGUGAUGCUCUGAAGUCACGUAAAGUGCGUUCCUGUCAGCCGAUAUUACAUGUUAUAAAUCAGACUUAAUCCAUUAACUGUAGGGACGGCAGCAAGCCUUCACUGACCAAUAAUUAUAAAGAGAAUAAAUCAUCAAGCUGCUUAAAACGCGAUCCUAAUAUAAAUCUUUUAGUUUCUUUGAUCAUUUUCUCUCUGUUAAAUAUUAGAGCCAUAUGUUUGACUGGACUUUUUUUUUUUAGAUUGGCUUUGCUGGUAAGAUUAUGGAACCAAACAAAUUGUUUUAUUAGAUAAUAAAAAAAAAAACCAGUGUAACCAGUGGAUCAAAUAUGUAGUCCUCCAGAAUUUCAUGCUUCAAGAUUAACAUUUCAAAACGCAAACAAGAAAUGACUUAAUGUGUAGUAGCUGUUUGUUUUUCUUCUACUUUUCUAAAUUCAGCCUGUGUUUUUUUUGUUAUUCUAAUCGAAGAAAUCUCUAGCACCUUAUUGCCUGCAUGGUGCCAAAAGUGGGUACAGUAUAUGGACUAAAAGUUGAAAUGUUUAAAAUGACAGUCAGCUGAUGUUUAGACGUCUACUUGCAUGUACACCCCCUCAGUCUGGGUGAAGGCCGAAGAGGAAAACCAUCUCCUGUAAAAUCCUGAAAAGAGGCACAGAAGAAAAAAAAGCUUUUGAGGUGUUUGCUAAUCUGAACUGAAGCCGUUUUGUAGAUCAGUGUUAUAAAAAAAUCCUCUGUUUUCUAAAUCCUGGCUUUUAAGGAACGUUGUUUACAAAACUAUUUGUGUUUUUUUUAUUUGCAUAUAUAUUUUUUUUUUAUUAUUAUUUCUUUAAAAUGUCUAAUAGUCAAAGAACCCUUGGGGAAGAGCACCUAAACACCAAGUACUGGUUGUUGAGAGCACAUGGUACAAUCUAAGGAGACCUAAAUCAUGUUGAGUACCUGAGGACAGAUACUACAACAAGUCUGAGUAAAGAAAUGGAAAAAAAUAAAAGUCAAAGGAAUUGUGGGAGGUCAAGGAGGAGGUGAGCAGAGGACUUGGACAGCUUGCACAUUUUUGUUUACCUUUUUUUUAAAAACAAAACAAAACAAUGGAAUUCCUGUGCUUUUUAUAUAAGCUCUGCCUUAAAUGAGAAAAAAAUAAAUCUGCGAGAGAUUGUGAGGGAAGGAGAGGACAGUCUAAGCCUCCCUAGAGAGGAGGGAUGGAUGAAUAGGGGGGAGGAGGGGGAGGUGGGGUGGUAGCUGGAACGCUUGGAUGAUUUGGUGUGAAUGCAUGCAUGCAUACCACUGUGUGUAUGUAUGUGUGUACUUUUGUGAGUGUGCGCUUUGUUGCAGGGCGUGUUUGUCAAAGCUUUGCAUGUGUGUGUGUGUGUGCGCAUCUGUGGGCAAACAAUGUGUGGGUGUGUUUUUAAUGUGUGUGUGUGCAUAUUAAUGUAUGUAGGCAUUUUUUCCUCUCUUGCUUUCCUCUAUCUCCAUUUAUGGCAUGUUAAUGUGUGCUUCCUCACUAGAAGGAGCUUUUGACAGUGGAACUGUGUGUGUGUGUGAUAGAGUUUGUUAUGUUUGUGUGUGCGUGCGUGUGUGCAUUGUGCAUGCUAAUGCCAGGGUUGGUCUGCGUCUCGAUCUAUGUGCUGCAUACGUGUGUGUCUGGCUUCAUACAGACACUGCGCAUGUCUAGCACAGUGUGUGGGUGGUUUGGGUGCUCAGCUCUACAAGGUCUGUGUAUAUAUAUGUGUGUGUCUGUGUGUGUAUUAGAGAGAGAGUGGGUGGUAUGUGCACAGAGGUUGAGAUGAGUGCCUGUUUGUUUUUUUGUUUUGUUUUGUUUUUUUUUUUCCUUUUCUUUUUUCUGCGUAAGAGAGCAGCAUACCUUUCUUUCCCACAGCCUUAGACACACACUCACACAUCUGCAGUCACACAUUCAUAGCACAGCUUAUACAUAUGUGCUGUAUCCAAGCUGCAGAUGGAUUGCGGCCAUAUUGCAUGUCAUUACUGCAGCUGUACCGUUCUCCAGUUCUCUCUUCCCAUCUUGAUUUUAGGUGUUUUAUAUUUUAGAUUCCCUCCCAAUGAAAAGCUUGUCACUGCCAGGUCAUCGUCCCGUAUUCCUGCACGGGACAGCAGCACAACUGCAGACAGUACACUGAAACUCUCCCCCCCUUUGUUUCUUAUUCCUUGCCUCUCUAAAAUUCUCCCCGUCUCUGUGUUCUUUGUUUACAUCUCUUUCUGUCUCGCCUUUCCUCUCCAUACGUGGAUUUCUAUCUCUCCUCCUGUCUCGCUUCACCACACACACACACACACACACACAGACAGGAAAAGAGCUAAAUAGUGUUCCCUUGUUGCUUCAUUACGUGAACCAUCAUUUUCCAUCCACCACUGCUUCAUUUCUGUUUCGACUCCAUUUUCUUCACAGAAUGCAAAUCCCUGCCAAACUCUCCCCCUGUAUAUCUGUAUGUGUGUGUGUGUGUGUGUGUGUGUGUGUGCUGUCUACAACAACAGAUGAGGCUGCCAAAUAUGUUGCUGCCCAUGUGUGUGAGCAUACAUGUGAGCUAUUUGAAUGCAAAUAUGAGAGUUACUGGGCAUAGGUACACAUCAUAGGUACACAUCAGAGCUGUGUGUGCGUGAAACACUGUGCACCGGGGGUUUUUGUGCUUACCGCACCUUUAAUAAUCAGACUAUUAAUGAGGAAGGUCUGUCUGUCCCUAUGUUCCCAAGGCUGCAGCAGACGACCAAUCACAAAGUCCACAUGAGAGACACAGCCAAUCAUGAAUAUCAACCAGACUGUUGAACCAAAUGACCAAGUGGGUUUAGAGAAUAAUUCUAAUUAUCUUGUACUUGAGCAGCAAGAGGAAGAGGAGGAGGUGGUGCUGUUCUUCCUGAGAAGGAGAUGUUUGUUAAGACUCUCCCAGGACAGACGAGGCAUUGCGGCAUUCUGCCGUCACAUGAGCGAAGCUUCAAUCCAGACAAAGAGUGAGAGGAGAGAAGAGACUAAUGACAGAGAAGAGGAGGAGGAGGCGGCGGUGGAUUUCUCUCUCUUCUUGUGUGCUAGCAAGAUAGAUACCUUGGUGCAUGUUUGUUUAUGUAGCAUAUCAUUUUGCAAAGAAGUGGCAUUUUGGGUGGGGGAAGGAAUUAAUAAAUUAUAGAUUUGCCAAAAUCCCUCAAAACGACAUAUGCCAUCAUUAAGUAGAGGCUGAUAGGCAUACAGGUAGAUGAUUAAGAUUUUAAAACUAAGAUUUGUGGGUGAAACAAAAGAAGUGGGCUUCCCACAGAGUUAACAUUGCACUAAUAAUACUUGUGUAGAAAUCAUUCCCAGACAUGGUUGAAUUUUUAAAAUUACUACAAUUUGAUUAUUUUGCCUUAACUGGGGAGGUGCCUCGGCCAGUAUGUCGUGUUUAACAACGUGUGAGUUUUCAUCCGUUACUGCACAUGUGGAUUUAACUAACCGGUUCCCAACCAUUUCUAAUUGUGAUCCCUUUUAUUAGUCAAAAUUUGUGUCUAAAUGUAGAAUGUCACAUGUUGAACUCAACAAUAAAGUCCUCCUCUGGGACAGUUAAAUUGAAUAUUUUAGGAGGUCAGAAAGAGUGACUUAACACGAGAAAAUGAAUUGGAUUUUGUCACUGAUUCAUUGUUGGAGUCUCUGAUUUGUGCUUCUGUGGUUCCAAAUGUAAAUAUUUGCUUGUUUUUUUCAGUCUUCUAUGAUGCUAAAUUGAAUAUUGUUCAGUGUGUGGAUUGUUGGCUGACCAAGACAAGCAGUUUGAAGGGCUCAGAGAACUAGUGGACAUUUUAAUCAUUAAGCAUAAACGUCUAUUGUGGCAACCGAACACUUCAAAAUUUCAUAGGGAAAAGCAAUAAUAUGUGUACUUUUGUGUAGCAGAGAUACUAGUAUGUAAAGUUAUAUAUGGAAACAGGUUGGGAGCUACUGAGGCUGCAGUAAAUCAGUGCUAUUUUUUUCUGAUUGUCUGCACACCAGAUUUAAUUUUCUAAAACCGGACAGCUAAAUAACUUAAGUCACCUAAAGUUUUGUCACCUUUAGAACAUUUUCUACUAAACUCAUGGUAGUCGUAACUUUUUUUUGUGUGUGUGUUUAACCCUGAUCUUUUGUGUGUGUUUAACCCUGAUCAUCUGGAGUCUCGGGUAGUUGACUGGGUGCACGGGGGUUUGAAGAUGGUUUCAGAACCAGGGCCUUUUU